AUGGCCAUCCUUGCCCCGGGUAAUGGCCAGGUGGCUUUCCUGAACGGACACCUUGCAAUCAUGGCUGCUGGAGGGCAAAUGACUUCGUUGGGUGGGUCUGGGGGACAGGUGUUGGGUGGGUCUGGGGGACAGGUGAGCUCGUGGCGUGGGUCUGGGGGACAGGUGAGUUCGUUGCGUGGGUCUGGGCAGCAGGUGGCCUCAUUUUUUGGUCCUGGUGGGGCGCAGGUGGCCACAUUAGUUGGCAACGAAGGGGGGCAAGUGGCCACAAUAGUUGGCAACGAAGGGGGACAGGUGGCCACUGUGGUUGGCAGCCAGACAGACUCUUUUGUUCAUUUGCAAAGCAAUGGAGUGGAAGCAGAAGCAGUGCAAAAAGUGGUUCAAGAGUAUGUCCACAAUCUGUCUCACCAUGAGCACACUGAGUUAAAGGGGCAAAAUGUGAACAAGACGAGCUCCGGCGCUAAGAACAAAGGUCUAAGCUGCAACUCCACCCUCGCCGACGCCGGCCGCAACUCCUCCCUCGCCGACGCCGGCCGCAACUCCUCCCUCGCCGACGCUGGCCGCAACUCCUCCCUCGCCGACGCUGGCCGCAACUCCUCUGGCCGCAACUCCUCCCUCGCCGACGCUGGCCGCAACUCCUCCCUCGCCGACGCUGGCCGCAACUCCACCCUCGCCGACGCUGGCCGCAACUCCACCCUCGCCGACGCUGGCCGCAACUCCACCCUCGCCGACGCUGGCCGCAACUCCACCCUCGCCGACGCUGGCCGCAACUCCACCCUCGCCGACGCUGGCCGCAACUCCACCCUCGCCGACGCUGGCCGCAACUCCACCCUAAAAGUGAUAGUUUUUCAGUUACCCUAA